AUGAAGUUUUUUGCCAAGUUUGCCAAGACGAACACCGCCCUCCAUCCAGAGUCUGGAAUUGGUUUUGGAUGCAUGGGCAUUACCUCCUUCUACAACGAUGUAAUGGACGAAGACGCUGCCAUGGUUUUGUUGAAGACUGUCUAUGAAAACGGCUGCCGCCAUUUUGACACUGCAGAGCUCUAUGGUGCUGAGCACAAAGACACCAAAAACCACAACGAGACCUAUCUCGGGAAGUUCCUCAAGACUAUUCCUCGCGACUCCUACUCUGUUGCCACCAAGUUUUGGCCCCUUCCAGAUGGUAAGUACGACUACGAAACCGUCAAGGCCCACCUGAAACAAUCUUUGGAUCGCCUGCAGUUGGAGUAUGUUGAUCUGUAUUUUGCCCAUCGUGUCUUGACACUGGAAGGUGGGAUUGAGUUUGCCAAGGCUGCUGCUAGACUCAAGGAGGAAGGUCUCAUCAAAGAAGUGGGCUUGUCCGAAGUCAGUGGCAACUGGUUGCAACAGAUCCAUACCAAAGGCGGCCCCAUUGAUGCAGUCCAGCAGGAGUGGUCCAUUCUGACACGUACUUUGGAAGAUGAGCUAGUUCCCGUCUGCAAAGCCAACAGCAUUGCCAUUGUGGCGUACAGUCCACUGUCACGAAACUUGCUGGUUCAGAAACAAGAAGCGCUUCCAGAGGGAGACGCCAGAGCCAUAUUUCCUCGGUACCAAAACAUGGAGCAAAACAAACGGUUUGCCAAUCAAGUCCACGACAUGGCGGAGAAGCUAAAUUGUACCCCUGCCAAUGUUUGCUUGAGUUGGCUCAUGCAGAAAGCAGCACAGAAAGGGGUUUCUGUCAUCCCCAUUCCUGGUACAACCAAGCUAGAACGAGCUGUCGGCAAUAUCAAUUCAGUUGAUGUGGUCCUUUCUGCAGAAAACAUGGCAACGUUGGAUGCCAUGGCCAAUGAAGUCGCCGGCGAACGCUAUCCUGAUGAAUUCAUGCAGAAUGGGAUGGCCAUUGAAACCCAAGCGUAA